AUGAUAACUACAACAUAUCCGUUGAAAUUUUUUUUUUGCCUGUCUUGUCGCGAAUUGACUGCGAUUCAAUUUGUGGACGGCUUUCGCGGAUUUCAAUUUACUGCUUACCACAUGAUUCUUAAAAAUUUUCUCGAAGUUGAAAUCAAACGAUUGAAGUGCAAGUGCCGUGUACCGCAUGAUAAGCCGGCAAAGAACCGGCAUGGGAACCGCCUAGCUACUGCGAUACUGCGAGCUAAUUAUUACACCGUGAUUCGAAACAAUUACACAUCUUCAUUAUUUGUUUCCAAAGAGUUAGAGUUAGAUGGAGAGAUCUCGACCUCGAGCCCUGCUCCCCCACGUGGGACCAGAGUAGAGAUUUCGACGUCCUUGUACCAAGACCGCGUUAAGCAAUGAAAUUGAAUUUUAGCGUCGGUGUCGGGUCUGGGUAGUGUGCGGUCGAACGUGCACAGGCCAAUACUCGACAACGAUAAUGAGAAGCAGAAAGUUAUUGUCACUGUCGAGCUCGACAGUGUGCUGAAUAUUCUGGAGGAGCAUGCUUCAUUGGUGAUGGUAUCAUCCGCAACUGUGUCCAUGAAGAAUACGACAGCGGAUACAUCCAUUCCAUUUGCUCAGGAUACGUGUACAACUAAAACAUAGAUGAUCAAUAUGCGCUGUCCAGGGGUGCGUAAUUCUGGCCUCAUGAUGAAAAUGAAAAAGAAACCGAAUGUCAACAUAGUUAUAGUAAAGAUUCCUGGCUGCUUACGAAGCAAAACAAGCAUAAAAACAAGGAUGAUCAUGUAGAUCGCAUCAUAAUCAUAAACAUGUUGAGUCUAUCUCUGUCGUGACGAACCAUUUGCAUUUUUUUUGACACACGCUGACGAGCAUCCUAGCUACGCUGAUCAAACUCUACUUAGUCUAGGAGAGCACCAUUUGAAAUUGAAUUUGUAGUUAGUCAGCAGAACUAGUCGAUGUGUCUCGUUGGGCCUUCGCUUCUGGCAUUUUUUCAGUAAUGAUCUAUGGUACUUUUAUAAUAUAUUAUAAAGUCCCGCGCUAUAGCUAUUGAUCAUAGCAGCAUCUACUUCCUAUUUCACUUGUAGUUCUUCCUCCGUCCUGUUAGCCCCUGUAGUGUCCUCCUUGCGGUUGUAUGGCUAUACCUUCAAAUUCUUAUUACCUUCGCCUUUCUAGAUCUAGCAGCGAUGCGGCUCUUUCUACCAUUUUUUUCCGUUAGUAUCUUGAUAGAUAAUUCUUCUCUAGAUUUUUAAAACUUGCCUUGUUUGGGAAGGGAAAACUUCCCCGUAAAUGAGUGUACGUUGCUGACGGUACGCGGAGAUUGAGCUCUCUUUAAGUAGUUUCACCUAGUUUUUCCAACGACCACCUGCUCUUCAUCCCAUAGCGGAUGUUUGUCAUACCUCGUGGUCGAAAAAUGAGUGUGAGCGCAAGAUCGCUCAUCUUCUCUUGCUGACGAAAGUUGUGUUGUUCUCUGUGUUCGUCUCGCUUCUUCUUCUGCCACUGUUGCCAGGAGGAAUCACUCUUGAUGAUGAUCACGAUUAUGAAUGUAUUCUUCACGAAGAGCAGAUCCUGCGUCAUGUGCGUUAUUGCGGAAGUGGCAGCACGGUCCUCAGCGCUGCGGCACCACGAUCAAUUUGAAUUUGGAGUUGG